AUGCAUUACUAGUAAGACGCGAUUUCCAAUUACAUCUAUUCUGGUGAGUAUCAUUAAAAAUAUAAUCAAAUUUAAGUUUAUAGACAACCUAAUCAAAGAAUGCAACCAGAAUAAUAAUAAUAAAUGGAAUUACAACAAUUAAAAUAGAAAAAUAUCGAAUAGGAAGCCUUAAUUUAAUAUUAUGUUUACGAAGACUUUUAAAAUUUGAUUAAUCUAAUAUAUUCUUAUUAAGCUGUAAAAAAGCAUUUUAAAAAUCACCCUGGGCAUCCUGCAAUAAUCUUAAGUAAGAAUAAGAUAAAGCUACAAUUAAAUAUUUCAAAUUCAAUUCAUUCUGAUUUAUACUAAACAAAUAAAAAUUCUUAAGAUCAAACUAUUUUAAAAGUAUAAAAGUAGAACGUUAAAAGUAUAAUAAAGAAAAUGGGGAACGAUAUUUAGAUGAAUGAUUUAGAUAAAGAAAGUUAAGCUUAUUUAGAAUAAUAUAUUAAAUAUUCUUUGGGGGAUUAUGUGGAACUUAAGUAGUUUGAAUUAGAAAAAACAAAUUGGGAUUAUAAUUUCAAUUAAGGCGUGUUAGACAAAGUUUUACCUUAAAUUUCUUAUGUGGAUGAACAAAUUAGGAGUUUAAGAUAAAGAAAAUGCUAUAAUAUUCCGACUGCACAGUAAAUUAAAUUGAAAGCAAAGUAAUAUUUAAUGAUAUUCACAUUAGAGAAUAUGAGAGACUUACUGAAAGUAAAUUAUUAAUUAAUUAUCCAUAAAAUAGUUACAAUUACAGAAGUCCUUAGAGAUAAGAUAAUCAGAAAUUUUCAUAAGAAAAUGCAAAAUAAUAAUUCAAAUAAUUUACAAACAUAAGCUAAUCUUUAAUUUUUAGUAGUGGGUCUCGAACUUAAAAACAAUAACAAUAUUGA